UUUAGUUACAAGAAUUUUGACUGGACAUGCAUCAAAGUAACCUACGAAUACUGCAAUCUUCCUUGGCAGCUAGCCUUGUGGUACUACUGUUCAGUAUAAUUUGUACGGUUCAUGCAGUAACAGAGGAAAAAGUAACCACCGUUGAAAGAGGAUACACAGUUUCGCCUACUCAGACGCAACAAUGUCAAAAGAUCUGUGUUACGGCCACACAAACGCAAUCUCAAAGUUGUAUUUAUACUCAAACACAGGCUCCUUAUAUGUCUCAAUGUGUAACCUCAUCACCAACUACGUGUUAUAAAUAUGAGACGGAAUAUCAGCAAGUUUGUUGUGAACAAGAGUAUGAACAACAGAAUUAUCAACAGGAGCAAGUUUGUCAGCAGUACUGUCAACUUUCGUAUCAACAAUCUGUGAGUUAUCCAUGUCAAACUCAGAUUUACUAUCCAUGCCAAGAAUACAAGCUGAUAGAACUGCAGCAAUGUUGCCAAAUUCCAAAGAUAAUGUGUGUGCAGUAUACUGAAGCAUGUGUUGUUCCACAAGUUCAAUAUUAGCAGGAACCGUAAUUGAUUUGGCAGGAACGGCGAUAAGUCGAAGAGGCGUAAUAUGAAGGAUAGUAUGUUUAGCAAUUUAUGGUUGUUUGAACGUGCCAAAGAAGCACUAGUUGAUUUGCAUAAUAUAAAGGUACUCUGAUUGACAAUGGUUUCAUCAUAUAUU